AUGGAAAAAAAUAAUAAUACAACUGAUCCAGUUGAAAUUAAUGAAGACUUGGAUAAUACAGAAAAAAAAGAAAAUAAUAAAAUAGAUGAUGAAGAAAAUAGUUUAGAUACAGAAAAUAAAAAUACAGGCAGUAAUGAGCCAUCCGAAAUAAAUACAGGCGACAAUAACAACCAUAAUGAUGAUAGUAGUAAUAACACUGGGGAAACAAAAGAAAACGUUUUCAAUACAGAUGUUAAUAUUGUUGCAGAAAAUAAUAAUCCUUGCGAUAUAGAUAAAAAUACCAGCGAAAAUAUUAAUAGUGAGAAUAAUAGUAAUAAUAUUAAUAAUGGUACUAGUAAUACUAAUAAUAUAGAAAAUAAAAAUAAUAAUAUUGUAAAUAAUAAUUCAAAUAAUAGUAGUCCAAAUAAUAGUAGUCCAAAUAAUAGCCCAAAUAACAUUAAAAUUCAACAACAAAUACAACAAAAUGAAAUAUUAAAAAUUCAACAACAACAAAGACAACAAAGAAGUAUUAAAAAGAAUUUAAAAAAGAGACAAGAGCACGAGACAACUGGUGGCUUAUCAUUAUUAAAAUAUGGUCUCACUCUUCCAUUGGAUGUAAUUAUGACUCGUCUAAUUGUACAUAGAUUUUAUAGAAGGGAUAGUCAACACUAUAUUAACGAGUGUACUUUUACUGGUGUUUGUAGGAACGAGGGUAUUAGGGGUUUAUAUUCUGGUUGGGAAACAAUUGUAUUAAAAUCAUUAUUAGAUCUUAUUUAUUCAAAAUUGGAUGAUCAAUUAAAAAGUAAAAGAAAACAGAAUGUAUUUAAUCAAUCACAGCAACAGCAAUCAGAAAAAUCUCCAAGUCAAAUUAUUUUAAUGGGUGUCAAAAUUUUAUUGGACUAUAUUUUAACAGUUAUUAAGGUUAGAAUGAAUAUUAGAAAUGUUGGAUUAUUUAAAACCCUAAGAAAUAUUGUAAGCAGAGAGGGAUUAAAGGGAUUAUUUUCAGGAUUAAACAUAUACUUUUUAUUAUUCCCACUAUGGAUGAUAUCAAUUUUAGUAUCAAAUAUUAUUUUUAGAAAAGUUAAAAAUACAUUAAAUAGAUCAGAAAUUCCAAACCCAUCAAGUACAUCAUCACCAAAAUCCUCCAGUGAUUCAGUUACAUACUAUGAUAAAGAUGUAGCUGAUUCAGGUUUAGGGGUUGCCAUGGUAUCCGAUAUUUCUACCCAAGUUUUGGAGGAAGAUGAUGAUAACGAAGAGGAUGGUCACGAAUUACAAAAUCAUAAAAUAUAUAAAUAA